AUGAUGCUCUGGAUAUUCAGGGACGGCAGCUGCCAGCAGGAGGAGGCCAUGGUCAUCGUCAGCAGGGUCCUCAGCUUCGCUUCCAAGAAGGUCACGGGCCAAACCAGCAUCGACGCCCCCUGCCUGGGCGUCCUGGCGGCGGAGCUGUCGCUGCUGAGCUUCCACCCCAACCUGGUGGUCACCCAGCAGGCGUCCCUCGCGCUCUACCACCUGCUCUGCAUCGGCAAGUGCCAGAACGGGCAGACGCUCUUGCCAAACAUGCUGACGGACUUCGUGUGGACGCUCCUGAUGAAACUCUCCCUCCCGAAUGAGGCCAUCACUCAGCAGGUGGCCAGCAUCCUGCAGCUGACCCUGGAAAAGUACGCCCACAAAUUCCUCAUGGUGGCCAGGAUCGUGGACAGGAUCUACAAGCAGCUGUUCGAGACGUCCUCAGCCCUCCUGAAGGAGGCCAUGCUCCAGGUGAUCACCCUGCUGACCCACACCUCGCCGAAGAAAAUCAUCUUCAAGCUGAUAGACUGGCCGGUCCCUGUGGACGAGACCCUGAUCCUGAUGUGGCAGGCGGCGGGGUCCGAGUCCAGCACGGCGCUCCAGGUCCUCAAGACCAUCCUGCUGAUCCUCCAGGGGAAGCCCGGGGAACUGCAGGACAACAUGCUGGAGAAGAGACGCUUCUCCAUCGACACCAGCAACAUGAUGCCCGUGACGGCAUGCCAGGCCCUGUGCACGCUGCUGCCGGUGGCCUCCUACAGGAAGGCGGUGGCGCAGCUGUUCCCCGAGCUCCUCAUGGCCAUCCUGCUCCAGGUCUACUACGACAGCCAGCUGCGGCUGGCGCACACCGAGAAGUUCAGCUACGCGCAGGAGGCGCUGAAGGUCCUCCUGAACUGCUCCGGCCUCCAAGAGGUGGAAGCGAGCCUGAAGAAGAGGAACUGCUGGGUCCAGUUCUCCGACGUCAUGUACCACCACCACGGGGUCUUCCUGGUGGCCAGGACACUCAGCGAGCACAACUUCCCGCAGUUCCCGCAGACCCUGUACUACCUCUACAAGACGUCCGUGGAAGGGACCAAGACGGCAGAAGACACGGCCAUCACGAUGACCUUCCUUACCGAACUCCUGAAUUACUACAUAAAGGACCCGUUCCCAGAGGAAUUUCUGGUUCUCUACCGGAACUGGCUGGAAGACCCCAGCCCCGUCGUGUGCAUGCUGAGUCUUCAGAAAAUCGGGAGCAUAGCGCCUUUCAUCAAUGAGAUAACAAAUGUCGAAGACCUGCUGAUGUCCACCAUGGGCACCUUCUUUUCCAAGCACAAGUCGGUCACUCUCCGGGGCAUGCUCACGCUUCGAAGACUUUUAAGCCAGCUGGACCGAGUGAGCUAUUCCUCCCUGUGUAUCAAGAUUGCGCCCAACUACUACCCUCUGAUGAGACACAUGAGCACCACUGGCAUCCGGAGCAUGGCCAUCCAGCACCUGGGGGAGCUGCUGAAGGAGAUGAGCCAGUAACUCAACAACGUGGUCCUGGAUGGGCUGGUGCCCCUGAUCCUCUUCCUGGAGGACACGGAGAUCAAGGUGGUCCGAGUACGCCUGCAAGUUCAUCCUGCGGAUCUGCGCUGGAACCUGGGCGACGUGCUGGAGGACGAGUACUACGACUACCAGCAGGCGGUGCUCACCAUCUGCAACACCUGCCUGGUGUCCAAGGGGAGUUACAUCAUCAACAUGAUCGUGGAGACGCUCGGCUUCCUGGCGGGCCCCCGCGACUACCUGAAGAAGACAUCGCUCAUCCUCCUGGGGUACCUGGCCAAGAUGGGGAGCCACCUGCUGCUCAAGGACGAGAUGGAAGUCAUGUUUGAAGCUGUGGACCGGCUCCUCUGGGACCCGAACUCCGCGAUCCGGAACCUGGCGGAGCAGACGCACAGCAUUUUCGAGGACGUGUCCCGCAAGAUCUCCUCGUCCGGCUUCAGGCAGAACUUCUGGCGGCUGUUCAACGUCUUCUACCUCAAGAAGCUGAAGCUGCUGUACAACGUGCCCGUCGAGGAGCCCGGGGGGACCCCCGAGAAGGAGGUCCCGGAGAAGCAGACAGAAGAGGCCUUGGACCCAGGCCUGGCCCCCAGCAGGCUGUGA